AACACAUUUACACAUCAAUAAAACAAACAGCGUUGUGACAUUCACACAAAGACCUCGAGAGUGUUCGUGUGUUUCAAUCUGGUCAAACAACUUCUGUAAGCAACACUUUACAAGUCCCUGAAAGACAUUAAUUUAACUCAAAUCAUUUAUUACAUGUAAGUUAAAUAUUCAGAAAACGCGCUUAAUGUUUCAUCAAUGUUUACACAUAUAAAUCACAUGAAAUUCAUGCGCGACUUUUCUCCAGAGAUCGAUGCUGGUCGUGUUUUUAAUCUAACAGUGAAACAAUAAACUCUUUACUGUCGUGUAGUUUAGUCUCUGAAUAAAGCUCUGGAUCUCUGCUCUGUGUUCACGCUGUUUUUAAUCCGUCAAAUUAAUUUAAAACUCUGAUUUUUACUCGAAAUGUCACAGGAGAAAACACAAGAGUUUGCUGCUCACAGAGGCGCGCAGGCACUGACAGGUCGGGUUGAGUCUAUAUGGUUCUCAUGUCGUGUUUAAGAGCGCAGCGCCGCUCAGUCCUCGCGCAUUACUGAUCAACUAUAGUGUGUGACAGCACACAUCUCACGAGAGAAAUGGCAGAAACCGCUCCAGCUCCAGCAGCCCCGCCGGCGAAAGCGCCCAAGAAGAAGUCUGCAGCCAAACCCAAGAGAGCGGGUCCAGGCGUGAGUGAACUCAUCGUUAAAGUCGUGUCGGCGUCCAAGGAGAGAAGCGGUGUGUCUCUGGCCGCCCUGAAGAAAGCUCUCGCCGCCGGCGGAUACGAUGUGGAGAAGAACAACUCCCGCGUCAAGCUCGCCAUCAAGAGUCUCGUGACUAAAGGCACACUGGUCCAGACUAAAGGCACCGGUGCUUCCGGUUCAUUCAAGCUGAACAAGAAACAAACCGAGACCAAGAAACCUGCAAAGACAGCGGCACCUAAAGCGAAGAAGCCUGCAGUGAAGAAGACCGCAGUGAAGAAGCCCGCAGCUGCCAAGAAGCCCAAGACUGCAGCAGCAAAGAAGACCGCCGCUAAAAAGUCUCCGAAAAAGGCGAAGAAACCAGUCGCCGCAAAACCAGCAGCUAAGAAAGCAGCGAAGAGCCCCAAGAAGGCGAAGAAGCCCGCAUCACCGAAGAAAACCGCCAAGAGCCCGAAGAAAACCAAGGCUGCCAAACCCAAAACUGUAAAGCCUAAAGCAGCUAAGCCUAAAAGGGCCGCUCCAAAAAAGAAGUAAAUGUUUCACUGAAGGUGUUGAUUUUAACCAAAGGCUCUUUUAAGAGCCACCCACCGCCUCAUAAAGAGCGACUUCACAAUGUUUGUGUCAACUGAUUCUGCUUAUGGAUUUGAUCAUUAGAGUCGGUUGUGGUGUCGAGCGGUCAUAACUAAGCAGUUAAGUUGAAAGUCACGCAUUCAUGUAAGUUUUUUGUUUGUUUUCAAGUAGAAUGUAAAAAGCAGUUUAAUUGUGUGUAAUUGUUUACACAUACCGGACUUAAAGAUGAAUUAUAGUAACAGCUCUAGCGCUGUGUUUUCAUUUAGGAGACAUUUCUUUAAGUUUCCUCCCUAUUUCGAAACUGUUUUGCGCUACACAGCAUCUGUGAGGCGGGGAGAAAGAGGGGGUUGGGCUUUGCGUUUGGAGGGAACUUGACUGAUUGGUUUAACAGUUUAUCGGACUCCAACCAAUAGUCGACUGACAGACGGGUUUAAAGAUUGAGAACUGCAGCUCGUAAGAUUCAUCUGUCAUUCUCAGAGAUCAAGCAGACGAUCGCAGCAGAAGAAAAUGAG